AUGGAUAACAGAAAAUUUUUAAGGAUAGGAAAAAGUGUUGUUCAUGGUCGCAAAGGGCCAUUAAGAGGGGAUAUGGAAAAUGAUGAAGACGAAAAGAAUAAAAAAAAAAAUAAUGAUUCAAAUAAUAUUAUGAAUAUUAAUAAAGAUAAUGAAAUUGAUAAAGAAAUAAAAAAUGAAAAUAAUAAUUUAGAUAAAACAAUGAAUGAAGAUAUUUUAAAUAAUCAUUAUAAACAGAAUGACAAUGAACAUAGUAGUGGUGAUAUAUUUGAGCAGUUACUUCAAAGAGAAUUAGCAAAAGGAGCAUUAGGAGGUGGCGUCGUAGAAAAAAAUAUAAAUAAAGUAAAAGUAAAUUCUGAAAAAAUAGAUAAUUUGAAUAAAAAUGAAAAGAUAGAUGAAGAAAUAGAAGAUCUUUCUAAUAUAGAUUUAUGUGAAAGAAUAAAUAGUACAUUAGUAAAGUAUAGAAUGCAUGGUUACAAUGAAAUAAUAAAAUGUUUUACUGAUAAUAAUAUAAAUAAAAAAAUAGAAAUAAUUAAUUCUUUAUUUAAAGAUGAAGAGUGCAUAUUAAAAUAUAUAUCAGAUAGUAAUUUAAUAUGUCAAUUGAAGACAGCUGAGAUAGUUGAAGAAUAUUUAAAUGUAAUAAAAGAUAUAUUUUUUUAUAAUUUUAAAGAACAGUAUGAAAAUGAAGAAGCUUUAAUAAAUUCUUUUGUUAAUGAAUAUAGAAAUAAAUUAUAUAAUUUAUAUGCGAAAAUGCACAGCGUUUUAUGCGAAAAAAUAUUAACGAAUGUAAAAUCAUUUGAUAAUGGAUUUAAUAUAAUAAGAAAAAUAAUAGAAUACUGUUCUAAUGAUAAGAUAACAUUAAAUAUAAUAACGAUGUUAUGUGAGCAUCUAAAUUUAAUUUAUAUAAAAGCAAAUAAGAACGUAUCAAAUAUUAAAGGUGUUAAAAUAAAAGUUAUUUCCUCUGGUCUUUUAUUAUUUUAUAAAUUAUUAAAUUAUUUCGGCCCUAAUAUAAUAUGUGUGAAAACAAUAAAUAAAUAUUGCUUGAAAUUUAAUGAAAUGCUUGAUAAAACUGUUAAAACUAAUUUUUAUUUACUGUAUGUUGAAAUACUUUCCUUAAUUAAAAAUAAUGAUUUUCAAAAUAGCGUUUUAAGUGAAUUAAAUAGUCAACAAAAAAAUUAUAUAACUAAAGAAUUAAAAAAGGAAGAAAAUAGAGAAAAUAUUACUUCUAAAAGGAAUACUUAUUUAAUAAAUCAGAGUAGCAAUGAUGAACAGAAUGACAAUUAUCAAGACGCUUUUACAAUAAAUGAAAACAAUUUAAUGGAAGAAAAUGAUAUUUUUAAAGAAAUUUGCACAAAACAAUGGGAGAGAAGGGUUUUAGAAGGUUGUAUUGAUAAAAGUAGCAAUCAUAACAAUAAUUCUUUAAGUAAUGAAAAUUUAUUACCAUGGAAAAUAAAAGUAGAAGCAAUUAAUUUAUUAUAUGAUAAAAUAAAGUCAAAAUUUUCAAUUAAAAAAACUACUUAUGUGAAUACUUUAUUAAAUAUUAUUUCGAAAUUAUUAAAAAAUGAGUCAGCAUUACCUGUUGUUGUAUCAACUUUAAAAUUAUUACAUAUACUAAUUGAAAAAUUUGGAAAAGAUAUUUAUAACACAGUUAAAACAUUUUCUUUUAUUUUGUGUUCAAAACUAAAGGAUUCUAAUAAACAAGUUUCUAAUGCUUGUAUGGAAUGCUUAACUAAAGCUAUUGCAAUAUAUAAUAUUGAUAUAUUUAUUGAUGAUUUAUCUAAAAAUUUAAAGGAUAAAAACAACAAUACUAGAAUGGUUACUCUUGAUUUUCUAUUGAGAAUUUUUGAUUAUAUUGAUAAAAAAAAUAUAAUAUCUAUUAUUGAAAUUACAAAACAUUUAUUAAAUGAUACUGUUGCUAAUAUUAAAAAUACUGCCUUUAAAGUUUAUUCAUUAAUUAUUGCAAAUUAUGGUGAAAAUGUACAUUCCUCCUUUUUUAGUACUUUACCAUCUAAUAAGAAAAAGUCCAUAUUAUCUUUAUGUUCUACUGUUAAUAAAAAAAGGAAUAAUAAUAAUAAUGAAAAUAUGGAUUCACUAAAUUAUAAAAAUGAUUCAGAAUUAUCAAUUAAAUCUUUCAAAGAUAACAAUCACGAUGGUAUUAAUAAUAAUACAAUAAAUGAUAUGAGUGAUAAUUUAAGUUCUAUUUUACCAGAAAAUAUAAUAAAUAAUUUAGUAUCUAAUAAUUAUUCUUCUAAAAUAGAAGCAUUAAAUAUAUUAAACGAGUGGUUGAAAAUAAAAAUGCAUUUUACUACAAUUAAUUUAGAAAGUUUAAUUAGUUUAAUUAAGAAAAAUUGUUAUGAUUUUAAGGGGAAGUAUAAUCAACUUAAUAGCGUAAUAUAUGAUUUUUUUAAUAAUUUUAUUGAUUUGAUGUAUAAUUUUAAUAUUAAUAAUAUUAACAAUCCACAUUUUAUAAAUAUUUUGAAUACUCUUAUGUGUUUAUAUAUUGAUAAAGUUACUGAUAAAAAAGAAAAUAUAAUUUGUAAUAAUUUUAUAAAUAAGUGUUUUAAUUACUUUGAUAAUAAUAUAAUUAUUGAUAUUAUUAUAAAAAAUAGCGAUGCAAAAAAUACAAAGAAGUGUGAAGAAUGUAUCAAAAUAUUGCAAAAAAUAUUUCUAACAAAAAAUAGUAAUUCUAAUGUAAAUGUAAAAAAUCUUAUAUACUUUUUAAAAAAAUUUGUUGAUUCAAAAAAUAUUAAUUUAAGAAACUCCUCUAUUCUUAUGUUACAAAUUUUAUGUAAAAAUUUUGGAGAUAAAUAUGUUUUAUCUUAUUUAGAAGGAAUAUCUGAAAAUAUAAGACAAACUAUUAAAUUAAAAGAGGAUGCAGAAAGAUUUAUUUUAAAACAAGGGGUAAAUUCUUCUUCUAUACUAGCUAAAAAUAAUGACAAAAGUGUUAUCAAUUUAAAUAAUAACAAUAAAAUAUAUGAUAAAAUAAAAAAGCAAGAUACAUCAACACCAAAAUAUGAAGAUGUGAAUAAGGUAGAACCGUGGAAAAAAAAAAAAUGUAGUAAUAAUGAUAAUACUUAUUCUUUAAAUAAUAAUAUGAAUGAACAGAAAAAGGAAUUACAUUGUUUUGAAAAAAGUAAUACUUUAAAAACAGAAGAACCCUCAAAAUUAUCUAAUAUAGAAAUUGAUUAUACGAAUACUUAUUUGAAUUAUAAUAACUCAAAUAUCGUUCAGAAUCAAGAAAAUUUAACUAAUGAGAUAACAAAAGAUAGCAAGUUAGAGAACAUGAGUAGAACUAAUGAAAAAGGAUUAGAAGAAAGAUUAAACUUAAAAAACAAAAUAGAAGAGAAUAUAGAAAUUGAUGGAGAUAAAGAAGAAGAUGAGGAAGAAGAGAGGAUGAUAAACAUAAGUGAAAUAAUAAAGGAGUAUGUAAAUAACAUUUUGAAUGAAAGUAAUAAUAAUACCAAUAACGUAGCAAAUAAUACGUCAAAAAUUAUAAAUAUCAUUGAAAAAAUAGGAAAAUAUUAUAUUAACCCUGAUAAAUUAGAUUUAUUAAUAAAUAAUAUAGCUUUAAAUAAAAUAUAUAAUGGUAAUAAAAGUAGAUGCAUACGAUUAUUAUAUGUUCUUAUAUUUUCAUUAAGAGAAAAUGUUUACAUAUAUGCAGACAUUUUAUUUGAAUUUAUAAUAAGCAUGAUUGAUGAUAUGGAAAUAUCUAAUGAACACAUUGAUAAACUUUUAACAUGUUUAUGUAGAAAUUUAGGAAUUUCUAAAUAUAUAAGUUAUAUCAAUAAUUAUAUAUUAAAUGAAAAAUUAAAUAACAUAAAAGAAGAUAAUAAAAAUAUAAAGAAAAUUAAUAAAAGAAAUAAAAUAUUAAUUAUUAUAAAUAAUAUUAACAUAAAUCAUAUAUUAUUAUUGAAUGAAAAUGUUAUAAAAAAAAAAAUUCUCAAAUUUUAUUUGGAUUUAUUUUUUGAUGAUAAUGAGCAAGUAAGAGAAAAAUCUAGUAUUGUUUUAGAUAAUAUUUACUCUAAAUAUGGUGGAGCUGUUUUUUUUUCUAUAUAUGAAAAAUUAUCAGUACAUAAAAAGGAAUGUUUACAUGAUAUUUUAAAUCAAAUGAAAUCCAAAAAAGAGGAAUUUUCUUUUUAUAAAAUUUUUUUAUCAAAUAAUUCACAGCUAAAAAGAAUUUCUGUAAAUGAAAGUAACCUUAGUGUUACAACGCCAACAAUAAUAAAAUCAAAAAGCGUAAAGAGGUUAAGUUCUUUUAACAAAAACAAAAUUAUGAAAAUAGAAUUUCCUCCAUAUUAUAAAAUCAAACCAGAUAAAUUAAAAUGGGAUAAAAAUUUUGAUCAAUCUCAUUCAAAUUAUUUAAUGAAAGAAUUUAAAUCUUUUACGAGUAAUGAAUUAUUAUUACAUAUGUUUAGUGAAAAUGCAAAUAUGAUUAAUAGGAGUAUAUUAUUUUUUAAAGAUUAUCUUAGUAAUAGUUCCAAUCAAUCAAUACUUUUUUCAAAAUCUGGUUUUCUUGAUUUAUUACUUAAAUGGAUCAUUUUUGCUUUAAAUGAAAAUCAGGAUAAUAAUGAGUUAUUAUGUGCUUCAACAAAUUUAAUAAGAAUUGUAUUAAAAACAAUUGAAGAUAAUUACGUUUUCUUAAAUGAGCAAGAAUUAGUUAUAUUAUUAAAUUUUAUAUUUGACAAAAUUAAUAUAUCAUCAUCAGAAAUAAGAAAAAAAUUAAAGGAAAUACUUAUGUGCUUAUGUUAUACAUCGGAUUAUAAGUUAUAUUUUUCUCUCCUUUUAAAAAAUUUAUCAUCGUGUGAUCAAAAGAGGAUGUGUGAUUCACUAGAUAUUAUAUUGAAACUAAUUAUUUUAUAUAAAGAUAAAUGUUUAAAUCUUGAAAAAGAUAUAAUGAAAAUUCUUCAAGUUUUCACAUUAUAUAGCAAAAACAAGAAUAUAACCAUAUAUUGUUUAAAAAUAUUUGCAAAUAUUCAAACUUUUCGUCCUAAUUUUUAUAAAUGCAUAGAAAAUGAUGAAAUAUCUUAUUAUCUAAAAUGCAAAGUGGAUGAAUUUAUUGAAAAAUGUCCUGAUUAUAAUAUUAGUUUUAAAGACAAUGAGAAUGAUGAAAAUGAUAGUUCAUAUCAAAGUGAAAACAGUGAAGAAAAUUUAAAAGAUGAAGAAAAUACUGCUUUAGUUAAUUAUAUUAAGAAUAAUGCAAAUCAAAGAGCAUCAAUAAAAAAAGAAGUAGAAGGUUAUGUAAGUGAAUUUAAUAAAAACGUUGAAGAAAUUUUAGAAAUAAAAAAGAAAAUAGAAGAAAUUGAAAUUAAUAAAAUAAAUGAGGAUUAUAUAAAUAACCAGAUUUCUUACACUAGUAUAUCAAAUAAUUUAAAUUUUUCAAUAGAUGGGAAUAAUUAUUCUAAAUCGAAGGAAUUAUUUCAUAUAUUAGAAUCAAAAAAUAAUGAAAAAAUAGAAGGUUCAAAUUAUUAUAAUAAUUCAAUUAUAUACUUUAGAUUUGUUUAUUUAACAUCUUUUUUAUAUUCCAAUAAUGUAGAAACAAUUUCAAAGGUGUGUAAACUAAUUGUUGAUAAUAUUGUUCAAGUAGGAAAAAAAAGUAAAAAUGGGAAUUUUAUAUUAACGGAAAAUGGGAAUUAUAUUUUUAAAAAUUUUAACUUAUUUAUUAUUCUUAUUAAAGGAGCUAAUUAUGCAUUAAGAUAUUUAUUUCAAAAAAGUUUUGGAAAGGAUUUAAAAUCUUCAUUUAUUCAUUUUAAUGCAAUUUUAAGUGCUGUUUUAUUAGUAGAUAUUUUAAUGAAAAAAAAAAGUUGUAUAGCUAAACUUUCAUUCGAACAUUUUUCUUUUUUUUUUAUUAAUACUAUUGUUUGUCUAAGUAUAUACACAAAAGUAAUACAUACAAAUAAAUAUAUUUAUCUUUUUAAAAAUGGAGAUAUUGCUAGAAGUUUAGUAACUAGUAUACUAAAUAAUUUGUUAGGUAGAGAAUUUUUAACUAACCAUUCGAAAUUGUUAGAAUAUGUGUGUAAUGUUUCAUUUAAUUUGGGUUUUGAUAUAAUGAAAAAUAAUAAAAUAUUACUAGAUGAUUUAAGUGAUACUAGUGAUUUUUAUAUUUAUAUUAAUACAUAUAUAAAAAUUUUAAAUAAAAUAUAUAAAAAAAUUAUUAAUAAGAUAUAUGAAGAAAAUACUAAAGAAAAUAAUUUUGUAUAUAGGAUUUUACAUAUAUUAUUUCUAAAUUUAAGUAAAUAUGAUAUAUAUCUAUGUAAAAUAGAAAAAGAAAAAAGAAGAAAAAGGAAAAUUGAGAAUGAAAAUAACGAGAAAUACAAAGAAAUAGAUAAUAAUGAAUUAUACAAUAAAAAAAUAUGCAACGGAAAAAAUAAUGACGAAAAUGAUAUUAACUGUUAUAAUUCUGAUUAUUCUAUUUAUGGGUCACAUAUAACAUAUUAUGAAAAUUUGAAUGUAGAAGAAAAAGUUGAUAUUUCAAUGAAAAUUGAUUAUGAGGAAAAUAAAAAAGAAAUAAAUAAUAAAAAGGAAAAACAAAUAUAUACCGAAGAAGAAAUUGAAAAAAUAAAUAAAAAUAAAAUGGAUUUUAUGAAUAAGUAUUUAUUUUUUAUUCAAUUAAUUUUUUACGGUAUUAGAAAAAAUAAUCCCUUAAUCCUAUUAGCAUAUAUAUAUCAUGAAAUUAUUAAAAAUUAUAAUCAUAAUUUGCUUUAUUAUUAUAAAAAAAUUGAGCUCUUAUUAAAUAAAGAUUUAAGAAACUGCAUUGGCAAUGUUAAUGUAAAUUUUUCUCCUGAUUUUUAUUCAUUAAAUUUUUCUUUUGAAGAAUUUCUAAAUGAACAUAAUGAUCUUAAAGAAAAGGAAAAUUCUAUUUUUAACUCAUAUAAAAAUGUAUUUAGUUUAUAUGCAAAUUUUGAUUCUGAAAUUAUAUAUAAUAAUUUUGACUUAUCUGUUGAUGAUAUAAUAAAAAAAAAAAGAGAUUUUUUAGAAUCUUUAAAAAUGAUUAAUAUCAAUGAAAUUUCUUUUAAUAAUAACCAAUUUGAACAUCUAAAAGAAACAAUUAUAGAGUAUGUAAAUGAAUUAGAAAAUGUCGAUUUACUCAAUGACAUUAAAAAUAAUGAUUUUAUUUCUGAUUACAACUUUCUUUGUAUGAUGUAUAGAAUUCCUAAGAAUAUUGAAAAUAAUAAUACAUCUAAUAAUAAAGAAGAAAGCACAAAUAAUAAUAAUAAUAAUAAUAAUGAAAAAAAAUUAAUAAAUGAAAAUAAAGAAGUUGUAAUAAAUAGUGAAAAAAAUAAGAAUAAUGAACAUUUAUUGAAAAACAGUAUUACUGAACGAAUAAAAGAUGAUGGUGAUAAUAAUAUACAUGAUAAAAACAGCAGAGAAGAAAUGCAUAUAUUAGAUAAAGAAAAAAAUAAAAUUAAUUUUUCAAACAAAAAUGCAAAUACAGAAGAAGAUAAGAUAGAAAACAAAAAAUCUAAUGAAUUAACUUUUAUUAGUCAUAACAUAUUUCUAAGAAAUCAGACCAUUGAAAACGUAAAUAUGAAUGAAUUAUAUACGAAAUAUAAUCCUAUUAAUAAUUUUUCAUCUUAUAUAAUAACACAAAAUGAGAAUAAAAAAGAAUUAAAAGGAAAUGAUAAUAAUAAUAAUAAUAAUAAUAAUAAUAAUAAUAAUAAUAAUAAUAAUAAUAAUAAUAAAAUCAAUUCAGAUUGUAAUUCAAAAAAUAUAAUAACAAAUGAUAUCAUUCAUGAGAAUUCACAAGAAUAUAACCAGUGUAUAUAUGAUAAAAAGGAUUGUUUAAACAUAUUCCAUAAUAAAUUUAAUAAAAAUAAUGAAAUAAAUGAAAAUAAGUAUAUCUAUAAUUAUAAUGACCAAGUAACAUAUAAAGAGGAAAGAAACAUAUGUAAUAUUGAUUAUAAUCAAAAUAAAAAUUAUGAUUACAACAAAAUGGAUAAUAAUGAAAAUGAAAGAUGUAACAAUUAUCAUUACAAAAGUACUAUAAAUAAUGAAAUGAGAAAUGAAAAUUACAAUAAUAGAAUGAAUUCUGAAUAUGAGAAUGAAACUUAUGAAGAUAAUAAAAAUAAAAAUAACAAUGAUUGGCAACAUUGUUAUAAAGAAAGAAACACACAAGAAGAAGUAAAAGAAAUAGAAAGUGAAUGUAAAUUAAAUUAUGAUAAUAACAUAAAAAAUAGAGAACUGUUUUAUAAUAUAAAAAAUGAAAAAAAAAGUAAUGACGAAAUAAGCGAAAAUAAAUUAAUUUUUUUAAAAAAAAACAUACCAUCUUAUAAAGAAGAAAAUCAAACAAAUUGCUUAUUGAAAGAAAAAUCAAAUGAAAAGUGCAAAAUAGAUGAUGAUAACAAUGUUAAUAUACUUAGAAGUACUAACAAAUCAUUUUUAAGAAGUAAAACAGAUGUAAGGGCAUUAGUAAAAAAAUAUGAAAAUCAAAAAGAUGCAGUUGAUGGAAAUUCAAAGGAUCCUCAUGUAUUAAUGCAAAAAAAAAAAUUAGAAAAUAUGUACAAUAAUAAUUUAAAUAAAACUAAAAUUAAUAAAAUGUUUUAUAAAGUACCUUCUAAUUUAGAAAAAAAAAAAAAUUAUGUAUAUGAAAGAAGUAUAAGUUCAACUUUUGAAUCCAAAACAAAAACAGACAAAAAUAAUUUAACAAAAACUUCUCCUGAUCAAAAAUUAAAAGAUUCAACGACAAAAAUAAAUUUUUUAAAUAAUUAUAUUCAUACGAAGAAUGAAAAUAACAAAUCUAGUAUUGCAACAAAUAGUAAUAGUUCAAGUAGUAUUCAUAAUAAAAAAAAUGAUUCAAAAAGCAAUACACCAUCAAAUUACUCUACAAAAAGAAAAAAUUUUAUUGGUAUUUCAUUUCCAUUAAAAAAAAAACAUAUAAAUAAAUAA